AUGAAUUGCUUAGUUUGGAAUUUCCGUAGUCUGGCUAACCCACGCGCAAUAAGGUUCUUGAAAGAGUUAGUCAAAUGCAAAAAUCCUUCUAUUCUUUUUCUUUGCAAAACUUUUGUUUCUUCUGUUCGAUUACAAGUACUAAAGCAGGUGUUGGGGUUUGACGGGUUAUGUUCUGUGGAUAGCGUGAGGAAUAAAGGGGGACUGGUAUUGAUGUGGACUCAGACUAUGAAUGUCUCUGUUCAAGAUGUGUGUGAUAAUUAUAUUGAUGCUGAAGUUGUGCAUUCUGGCGGUAUAAGGUGGAGGUUUACGGGUUAUUACAGUUACCCGGAGAGAAGUAGACGUAAGGACUUGUGGGAUAUGAUAAAGCGGCUGAGUACUAGCAGUAAACUUCCUUGGUGUUUAAUGGGGGAUUUCAACGAUAUUCUAGCCCAAGAAGAGAAGAGAGGUGGUGUUUCUCAGCCGAACUGGUUGUUAGACGGGUUUCUCUCAACAAUGGUGGAAAGUGGUUUGCCGGUGGUAGGGGUUGAGGAUAGACUUAAUCGGUUUCUUUAUAAUGGGGAUUGGUCUGCUGCUUUUCCCGAUGUCGUUGUUUUCAAUCAUGUUUUAUCCUCGUCGGAUCAUUUACCUGUUCAAGUAGUUUUGUCAAGAGUGGAUAAAACCCGUCUUAGACAUUCCUUUCGUUUCAGUAAUACUUGGCUGCAGAAGUUGGAUUGUGCAGAAGUAGUGGCUAAAUCUUGGAGGGAGGCGAGCCAGCUGAAUAUGGUCCAAAAAUUAAUGGAGACGGAAAAGGCCAUAGUGAAAUGGUAUGGUGAUAAAGUCACGAAUUACAGGAAAAUCAUUGACACUAAAGCUCGUCGGUUGAAGCAGCUCCAGUUUAGGAGAGAUGAGCAAGGGGUUAGGGAUUACUCUACUAAAGGCGAUGCAAAUACGCGGUAUUUUCAUAAUGCUGCUAGUUCCAGAAAUAAAACAAACCGGAUUGAUAAGCCGAGAGACGAAGGUGGUGUGUGGAGAUACUCUAAGGUGGAGAUUCAUAGUAUUACUAAAAGGUAUUUUUCUGAUCUUUUUAGUGAUAAUGAUCCUUGUAUAGACGAGCUUGAUGUGGUGUCUGGUCGUAUAACUUCUAAGGCUAAUGAUAUGCAGAUUGGUCCUAUAUCUGGUGAGCUUCCUUGUUGGUUGAAUGAUACGGCUAUUACCCUUAUCCCUAAAAAGAAUUCGCCCGAGCUUAUUUCUGAUUUCAUACCAAUUUCUUUGUGUAAUAUGGUCUAUAAAGUAAUUGCUAAGGUGAUGGUGAAUAGAAUGAAGCAUGUGAUGUCUAGUAUUAUUUCAGAAAAUCAGAGUGCUUUUGUUGCCGAUAGGCUUAUUACGAAUAACUUCUUGAUAGCUUUUGAAAUUGGGCAUUAUAUGAGAAGAAAAAGAAGGGGUAAACUUGGGUCGGUUGCUCCAAAGAUCGAUAUGAGUAAAGCCUAUGAUCAUGUUAGAUGGAGUUUUGUGAGAAACAUGAUGGUUCGCUUGGGGUUUUCUGAUCAAUGGGUUAAGCUUGUUAUGAGCUGCGUAACUUCAGUUCACUAUUCUAAGAUUGGGAGUUAUGCGGACAUGGUGCCUAUUAUUCCUAGCAGAGGUCUGAGGCAAGGCGAUCCGCUUUCGCCUUACUUGUUUAUUAUUUGCGCUGAGGGUCUGAGUCUUUUACUGUCUGAUGCUGAGAGAAGGCAACAAAUUCAUGGCAUCUCUAUUUGUAGAUGA